AGGCGGCGCAGCGGACAGCCCCGGCGGCGGGGCGGGGGGGAAUUAUAUUUCGGGGUCCUUCCUUGCUCACUCUGGUUCCUCUCGGAGCAGAGACGGCAAAUGGCGGACUUCGAUACCUACGACGAUCGGGCCUACAGCAGCUUUGGCGGCGGUAGAGGGUCCCGCGGCAAUGCUGGUGGCCAUGGUUCCCGUAGCCAGAAGGAGCUGCCCACAGAGCCCCCCUACACAGCCUAUGUAGGAAAUCUGCCUUUUAACACGGUUCAGGGCGACAUAGAUGCUAUCUUUAAGGAUCUCAGCAUAAGGAGUGUACGGCUAGUCAGAGACAAAGACACAGACAAAUUUAAAGGAUUCUGCUAUGUAGAAUUUGAUGAGGUGGAUUCCCUUAAGGAAGCCUUGACGUACGAUGGUGCACUGUUGGGAGAUCGGUCACUUCGUGUGGACAUUGCAGAAGGCAGAAAACAAGAUAAAGGUGGCUUUGGAUUCAGGAAAGGUGGACCAGAUGACAGAGGAAUGGGUGGCUCUCGAGAAUCUAGAGGUGGAUGGGAUUCCCGGGAUGACUUCAAUUCCGGCUUCAGGGAUGACUUCCUAGGAGGCAGGGGAGGGAGUCGCCCAGGUGACCGGCGAACGGGCCCCCCAAUGGGGAGUCGUUUCAGAGAUGGCCCUCCCCUUCGAGGGUCCAGCAUGGAUUUCAGAGAACCGACAGAAGAGGAAAGAGCACAGAGACCGAGGCUCCAGCUUAAACCUCGAACAGUUGCAACGCCCCUUAAUCAAGUAGCCAAUCCCAAUUCUGCUAUCUUUGGAGGAGCCAGGCCCAGAGAGGAAGUCGUCCACAAGGAGCAAGAAUGAGCUGCGGCCGGGAGGGAAUGGGAGUGGGGGGAGUUAGAGCAAGACCACAGCCUGGCUGGCCCCCGGACCGGCAGUCCUGCAGUUACCAUUCCUGCGCCUGACCUUUGUCCUUUCUUACGACGGAAACAGAGCCUGUGAGUGCAUGUCAGCAGUUAACAAGUGGUUUUUAGUACAUUCUUGGCUUCGCCCUCUGUCUAGUGCCUGCUUGUGCUUUUUGUUUUUGUGUGCUUUUUUGCUGCCACUCCUUCCCCAAUUUCCUUUAGUCCUUGCCUUCUUGCUCCUUGUUUCCUUCCAGCACAUGAGUGUCUCCAGAGGGAGAGGCAGCUGCCAUGUGGGAGUGUUUGCAUUGAGGUGCUGCUUCAUUUUUCUCCUUUGCUUUCUCUUUUUACUUUAGACACACUGGCCCGACUCCAGUCGUUUCCUUUGAUUUUGCUCAGUGCUUCUCUUCUGACCUGCAUGUUGAGUUCUGUAUUGCUGUGGCUUCCAAGGAGAAACCAGAGAAGAGGCCACAGAUUGGAUAGCAUCUUGUUUUCUUUCAGCCGUGAUCAACAUAAAGAAUUUGAGGCACCUUGUUUUGAAAACAAGGAUAAACUAUUCUGGUGAUACCUUGCAAAUUUCUUCCUGUCCCUAUUUAUAAGCAGUCCUGUCUGUUACCCCAUCCCCACAUGGGUUGCCCCAGCAGAACGGGCUCUCAGUCUGACAGGGAAAUGAAUGGGGAAGAGCUACGUGAAAUAGUGUGAGGGGGCCGACAUUGGAUGCACUGUUGGGUUCACACACCUGGUUAUUGCUCUUUCCCCACUGCAUCCAGACUAGCCCCUCCUUUCCCUGGCGGUGUUAGAGACUCCUCUGGCAAGAUGUGACGAACUGCCGUCUGCUUUCCUCGCUGCUGGGCAGGUCGGUUUGGGGGACUAAAAGGUCGUGGCGGCAGAGCUGUGCUCAGCUAACUUUCUAGUGCAGACAUUGCUUUCUUCCCAUCCCUGGCAUCUGUGUAUUCUGCAUCUCUCUCUUGUGUCUUUUCUGUUCCCUUGUAGAAGUGACAGUGAGCUACUAUGCUUCGCACCAUCCCUUAAUUUUAUUAAAAUGAACCUAGAGUGUGGCACUCUGUUUCGCUUGAUGAAUUGAGAAUUUUGCUAUGCAGAGUUGUCAGGAACUUUAAAAUAACUGGUAGGUGGCUCUCAGUUCCUAGGUCUCUGUGGGCCGUUUCUUGUCCCCAUGUCCAGUGCUCAGCACUUGCCUGGGAUUGGGAGGCCAGUAGGAGCUUCUGAAGCCAGAGGCCCUCAGUGUCGUGACUGGAGGGCUGCGAGGGGCCACAUGCGCCAAGCAGUGUGCUGAGGUAGUGGUUUGUUGCUAGCUGGCGUCCUUGGCUUCUCUUAUUCUUUCGUCACAUGGUCUCAGCAAUUUACAGAACUCUCCCCUCCUUUCCUUCCUUCCACCUGCCAUCUUUGCUUCUGAAAUAAGAACCAUUUGUGUAACACCAAUACGUAAGAAAGACAUGCAUUAUGUGAUUGUAAUCAAACCUGAUGCUUUCAGAUGACCUACUUAUAUCUUCAAUGUGGAAAGAUUAAGAACAAAACAGAUUCUUCUAAACUUCUGGGCAAUCCAGUUGACUUUUAAAUGUAAGAAUGGAAUUCCAAACACUUAACACAUUCAACUAUAUGCAGAAAGUAAAUCUAUGGAUAUGGUAUUUUGUGAAUGAUCUUUUAAAUAAAAGAAAAACCUUACGUAAUA